CUUUGUGCAUAAAUCACAUUUUCGGUGUCGAAUAUAAUCCGUUUUUUUCCUGGAAUUGUGAUGUGGUCUGUUCCUAAAUCCAUCAGUACUCUUUAGUGUUUGCCAAUGUUGGAGGUGUAACUGGGGUCUGGCCCUGGACAAAGGUAUAGAGCAUGGCUCAAGUGAAAGUGCAGACCUCAACGCCCCUGGCUGGCCCUGGCUUCUCCCCCCUGUCUCCCCUCGGGGCCAUGCCCAGUCCAGGACCCUUGGGUCUACAGCCCUCAGUCAAUGGCCCUGGGCCCACCCCCGGCUGCCCCACUCCCUCAGCCGGGUAUGGGCCCGACACCCCUGUGUCUGCCAUCUCACCAGGCCCACCCCAGGAGACCAUGGCAAACCCUAAAGAGAAAACUCCCAUGUGUCUGGUGAAUGAGUUAGCCCGUUUCAACAGGAUCCAACCGCAGUACAAGCUGCUCAACGAGAGAGGCCCUGCACACGCUAAGAUCUUUACAGUGCAGCUGUGUCUGGAGGAGCAGGUGUGGGAGGCGGAGGGCACCAGCAUCAAGAAGGCUCAGCACUCCACCGCCUGCCUUGCCCUCACUGAGAGCCUUCUGCCCAGGCCCGCUCCUCGCUCUCCUACAAUGGACGUCAACAGCAACCCAGGUAGUAUCACCCCUACGGUGGAGCUGAAUGGUCUGGCUAUGAAGAGAGGUGAGCCAGCCAUCUACCGUCCCCUGGACCCCAAGCCCAUACCCAACUACAGAGCCAACUAUAACUUCAGAGGCAUGUUCAACCAAAGGUACCACUACCCAGUUCCAAAGAUCUUCUAUGUCCAGUUGUCUGUGGGCACUAAUGAGUUUAUUGGAGAGGGCCGGACUCGCCAGGCAGCCCGUCACAACGCCGCCAUGAAGGCCCUGCAAGCCCUCCGCAAUGAACCCAUACCUGAACGACCACCUCAGGCCCCUGAGGAGCAGAAGGAGGUCAAGAAGGGGAGUGAUGCCUCUAAGUCAGAAAUCAGUCUGGUUUACGAGAUAGCCCUCAAGAGGAACCUGUCUGUCUGCUUCGAGGUCUUGAAGGAAAGCGGCCCCCCUCACAUGAAGAGCUUCCUGACCCGUGUGUCUGUGGGGGAGUUCUCAGCAGAGGGCGAGGGGAACAGUAAGAAGCUGUCUAAGAAGAGGGCUGCUCUCUCCAUUCUCCUGGACCUCAAGAAACUCCCCUUCACCCCGUUAGUGGAGAAACCCAAACUACACUACAAGAAACGCCCCAAGACCAUCCUCAAGACAGGUCCUGAUUAUGGCCAGGGGAUGAACCCCAUCAGUAGACUGGCUCAGAUACAACAGGCCAAGAAGGAGAAAGAACCGGAAUACCUCUUGCUGUCUGAGAGAGGCAUGCCCCGACGCAGGGAGUUCAUCAUGCAGGUGAAGGUGUGUGGCGAGGUAGCCACGGGAACAGGGCCAAAUAAGAAGGUGGCGAAGCGGAAUGCUGCCGAGGCCAUGCUACUGCAGCUGGGAUACAAGGCCUCCACCUGCCCACAGAGCCCUACUGAGAUGGACGACAAAGGCUGGAACGGACAAAAGACGUCUUUUAACGAAACUACGACUAACACCCAGAAGGGUCUACUCCACCUCUCCCCGGACGUCUAUCAAGAGAUGGAGGCGAGCAGGAAACAGGGGGCCCCCGUUAACUACCUAACCCCCAAACUAUCUGAUCCCCUGGUCGUCCCUCUGUCCCCUGGACACACCCCCUACUACAGCCCCCCCGCGGUUGCCACGGCAGCCAUGGCGAGGGAGCUGUUGAUGAACGGGUCAGGAGAGGGGAGGUCUGGGGAGAACAUAGGACUGAAGGGGAAGAGUUCUGUCCAGCCCUCACAGCAACUAGAGUACCUGGCUCAAAUACAAGGCUUCCAGGUGCUGUACAGCGAUGGUCAGAAUGGUAGAGAGUUCAUGACCUACCUGACACUCUCACCUGUACAGAUGACUUUCCACGGCAUCGGGAGCUCCAUCGAAGCCAGCCACGACCAGGCUGCUCUAAGUGCCUUGAAACAGCUGUCGGAACAGGGACUGGACACGGUGGACUGCCCUAUCAAGAGCAGCGAGGUGUGUGUCAGAGAGGACGGACACUGAACAGACUAACUCAGGCACCACCCACCUAUCAGGUCGCCGUGGAUACAACAGGCUGUCGUCAAGAAGAUGACCCCUGACUCUUUCCCCGUCACCUACGACCCCUAUCCCCCCCCCCCCUCCCCCCCCACGACCGCCGCUGCAUCCUGGCAACAACCUGGAACAACAUGCAACGGAGUGUGUGGAUGUGUACCGAGAAAAAAAUAAAAUGAAAUAACCGACUAACUAGAAGAAGAUGGGGGAAAACCUAUGAGUCUCUAUGUGAAGACAACACUAUUCUAACACAUUACAUGUAUUGAUCAUUUACGAGGAAUUUAAAUUUAAAAAAUAAAUAAAAAUAUAUAUAUAUAAUAAUUUUAAAAAAAUAGAUUGAGUAUAAACACCUAGAUUUUCCCUGUUGGAUAGAUGUGUAAUGAUAUGGGUCAAACCCCCCCAAAUAAAGUUGGGAUAGAUGUGUAAUGAUAUGGGUCAAAACCCAAUUAUGUAUAUCAUGCCAUGAAGACAGAGGCAACAUUAUAGGGGGGUGGGGGAGGGGAGGAACAAAGUUGUGUAGCUUAUUUUCCAAGGGGUAAUUAUGUUUCUGUUUAUUCAUCUUAACAAUGCUUGAGUACUGACUGUAUUAUAAAAUUAGCCAAUAGCAGUGCUGUGAAAGUUGUAGCAGUUGUCUUCUCAUACAGUAAUAUUCACCCAGCUUAUCUUUCAUGCUGAUAUUAAUAAAAACAAAAACAAAACAAAAUAUUA